GUCUCGUCCAUAAUUUUAUCUUCUAUUCACAUUGUUUUUUCUUGAAAGGUUUAUAUUCGUUGAUGAGGUGAAAAAGAGGGAGAGAGGGCCGGAUUUGGGAGAUCCGAUCGUAGAAAUUUGGUAUUAUUUGAAAGAACUCAUUUGAGAUAGUUUAAUUGGUAAAUUAAUUAGAAAAUGGAGUCGUCAUCGAAUCAACCGGAGUUCGAUCACUUGUUCAAGUUGCUGAUGAUAGGAGAUUCAGGAGUUGGAAAGAGCAGUCUUCUUUUAAGUUUCACUUCCGAUUCCUUUGAGCAACUCUCUCCCACUAUUGGUGUUGAUUUUAAAGUGAAAUAUGUAAAUGCUGGGGAUAAAAGGCUAAAGCUUGCAAUUUGGGAUACAGUUUAUGAUGUAACACGGAGCGAGACAUUUACUAAUCUUUCUGAAGUCUGGGCCAAGGAAGUCGAACUCUACUCAACAAAUCCAGACUGCAUCAAGAUAUUUGUUGGAAACAAAGUUGAUAAGGAAAGCGAGAGGGUUGUAACAAAGAAAGAGGGAAUAAACUUUGCUAGAGAAUGCGGUUGCCUUUUCAUUGAAUGCAGUGCUAAAACACGCGUUAACGUACAGCAGUGCUUCGACGAGCUUGUUAUGAAGAUUCUAGAAACUCCGAGCCUUUUGGCCGAGGGCUCCAAAGGUGUGACAGAAGCCGCCACAACCUUAUGCGGCUGUGAGCGGUUGUUGCUGAUAAUCAAAUCUCAAACCCAAGCCUGGUGGUUCUGACAAUCAUUUACUGUAUGAUUUUGCAUUCCCAUAUGAAACUCGAAUCUCCUGUAGUAUUAGCGACAACCAGUUUAU